GUUAGAUUAUAUCUGCGGCUAAGUAUCAGUACAAAUCCGCGUUAGCGCUAAUAGCUCUUUAGCAGUUAUCAGAAUGCAAAAAUGAAACGAAUCAUUCACCUGAUAUUGAUGUUAUUUGCAUUUAUUGCCACUCAGGUGAACGGAGUCUUGGUUUAUGAAGAGUUGCGUAAUUCAUCGGGUGAAAUUACAUAUGAUAGCGUAAGCGUUUUCUCUAAGAUUUGGAAGUUUUCUGCCGAAUAUAAGGACAACCACACCCUCUUUAUAUCUGUCGAAGAUGUGUCGAUGUAUGGACACAUAUCUGAGGAAAACAGUUUCGGCUGCAGAGGAUGGUUGUAUUUGCCUGAAAAGUAUGGAAUAUGCCAAAAGCCACUAAUAAAAUGUCUGUUCUAUCAACCUGUUGAAUGUAUCUUGCCAAAUACAGCCACUUUAAUGAGUGCGGGUGUAGACGGUAUGGUCUGCAACAAAUAUAUGUGGUUUCGUCUGUCAAAAAUGCCGGAGCAAUUGAAGAUAUUUGGCCAGUAUUUCGGUAGAAAAUUCGUUCAAGUACAGUACAAGUAUCUGGAAUGCUUGAGGAAUGAAAAGGAAUACUCAACAACGGUAACCGACUCAUCUACCGAUCAGACUUCUUCUGUGACGGCAUAUGACGCAACAAGCAACAAUUUACCGCAGAUUCAUGUCGGAACCGAACUGAUUGUCGGCCUUGCAAUCGCCAUCGGAUUACUUGUCAUAUCGUGGGUGGUGCUCGGAGUCGUUAUUAUACGAAACCGGUCAAAGGCCACCUCACGCACCCCGGAUGUCAAAGUAACUGAUGCGGAAGAAUCAAAUACUCGAGAAAUCGUGGUCAAUGCAAUAUAUGGAGAAAAUUUCGACAGAAUGGUAGACGAUUCGCAACAGACUAGCUCGAGUGCUGUGUAUAGCAUGGUUCAUAAAUAACUAACUCACAAUUUCCAUACGAGACAUGGACUGGUAACCAGAUCAGAUGACGUGUUUCGCCACAUGAUUAAACCGUUUUAUCGGCUUUACUCUCUUAGAGAUGAUUAUUAAUUGCCCAUCCUUCACAUCCUAAUCUUAAACAACUCAAACGCUUGCUGCUUUGUGUUAUUGUAUUUCGAUCCUUCUAUGCCUAAUUUGCCAAAACCACAUUCGCCGACAACAACAGUAGCAAGAAACCUGAAUUUUCUAUCUUUCAAAUUAUAUAUUUAAACCUUGGCGUCAUUGAUCUGUAACCAGCUUUGGUUGCCUGCGAGUUUCUUUCCCCGGUCCAAUUAUCGCUGAACUAGG